AAGUAGUGACAGAACGGAAGGAAAACCAAAUUUUUUACCUCUCACUUUUCUUUGAAGAAAGUAACAGAAUUCUGGUUUGAAAACUGAGAGCUUCACUCGGAGGUUAGCCGGAGGACUCAAGGCUGAUAAAUAAGAAAGGAAAGUUCCCCCCCCCAGAAGGUGAUUAAGGGGCCACCAAGAACUUAACAAUGUCGGUGUGGCGCAGUCUGCGAAGCUCCCAGAUUCUCCAGGCAGGGAUCUGCUGGGGCCACUAGAGCUUGCCCCCACCCUCAAUCCCAGAAGCCUUCCUGUUAGCCAUUUUGGCUCACAAGUUCCACUGCUGGAGAUCUACGUGUCUUCAGAGACACCAUGGACAGUUGCUGGAACUCUGACAAUAUGUCCCAGGAACAGUUGGAGUCCGAUGCCUUCGAGAAAUACAUGGUACUGGAUUUUCCCCAGAAGACAGCCAUUGCUGUGCUCUGUUCCCUCCUGGGCAUCCUUUGUGUCCUGGAGAAUGCCGUACUGCUCUUCCUGAUCCUGUCCUCCCCAAGACUCCGCAGAAAGCCCUCCUAUCUGUUCAUUAGCAGCCUCGCGGCUGCUGACUUCCUGGCCAGUCUGUUUUUUGUCAUCAGCUUUGUAAAAUUCCACGUCUUCCACUACAAAGAGUCCAGAACCACCUUUCUCCUGAAGCUUGGGGGGGUGACCAUGACCUUCACAGGCUCCGUGGGCAGCCUGCUGCUGACUGCCAUUGACCGCUACCUCUGCCUGCGCCACCCUGCCAAAUACAAGACCCUGCUCACCCGUGGAAGGGCGCUGGCCGCGCUGGGGGCCAUGUGGACCGUCUCGGUCGUGGUCUCCUACCUGCCGCUCAUGGGAUGGACUUGCUGCCCCGAACACUGCUCUGAACUCUUCCCCCUCAUUCCCAAUGACUACCUGCUGAGCUGGAUCGUGUUCAUUGCCAUCCUGCUGGUCACCAUCCUCUACACCUAUACCUACGUCCUGUGGAAGGCUUAUCAGCACACAUCCAAUUUGAUAGUGUACCAACAGAGACGCUUAACGGGCUUGUCUCGGAUGCGGCUGGACGUGAGGUUGGCCAAGACCCUGGGGGUGGUGCUGGUGGUCCUGCUUCUCUGCUGGCUGCCUGUGCUGACCCUCAUGGUCCACAGUUUGGCCUCCUCAAUGAAUGAAUACAUUAGGAAGGUCUUUGCCUUUUGUUCCAUGCUCUGCCUAAUCAAUUCCAUGGUGAACCCUGUCAUCUAUGGCCUGAGAAGUCGAGAGAUCCGCUCCUCUGCCAGAAACAGUCUGAACCAUUGGAAAAAUAUGCUCAAGGGCUUUGGAACAGAGGGUGCGGAGGAUGCUCAGAAGUCCUCAGUCACAGAGACAGAGGGGGAGGCAAAAGGCAUUUCAACCCAUGAUCCUAACCUCCCUGUUGUCUUGGUUUGUUAACUCCUGUUUUAGGUUUCUGAUAUUAAAAGCAAUAAGCACCCCUAUGUUCUCAAAGGCACUUACAAUUAACACUAAAAAUGUUUUUUAGAAUAAAUACAACAGAGCUCCAAGGCUCAGAAUUAGGAAGACCAUCUUGCCUCAGACACAUACUGGCUAUGUGAUCUUGGGCUACUCACUAAAGAGAGUUCUGAGCAAUUCUAUUAGGCUCUAUGUUUCAGAGAAAGGGCUGACCUGCAAAGGGAAUUUUCUCACCUGGACUGCUAAUGAAAUCACAAAUUCAGGACUAUCCCUUUUCCUAACAGUAAAAUACACAUCACAUAGGGAGAUGGCACCUUUUUCAUCUGGAAAAUCCGUGUUAAAAUUUUUGGUUCUCCCUUCAUACCAGAGAUAAAGUUUGAAUUAUUAUUGUAUUUUUUAGAUUAUCUUUUAUUAGAUGAAAUAUGUUGCUAUUAUACAUAUAUUUUUAUGCAUUAAACUUGUUCUGUAUUGCC